AUCUCAUCUCUUUUCCUUUCAGGGGAUUAAUUUGACAGCACGUAUUGAUGGCUCUAAAGAAGUCAUCGCUUGCACUGGAUUCCAGUGAGAGUGACUCGGAAGAGUUGCCAACAUUUGCCUUCCUGAAGAAGGAACCAUCUUCAACAAAGAGGAGCCAGCCUCAGAGGGAGGCAAAAAUCGUUGUGGUUGACACCUCGGAUUCUGAGGCCUCCUGUCCUCCGUCACCAAGGUUGAAAGAUGUACCACCUAUCCCAGACAUGGCUGAACCUGUCACACAAACAGAGCCAGUUAGGGUGCUAAGCAGUGAAAGUGAGGAUGAGGAAGAAUUAGCUCCCCUGGCUGAGAGGCUUACGUGUAAGUUUUUGACGUGCAAGCAACUGAGCCCUGAGGAUUCUAGCUCCCCAGUUAAAAGUGUAUGGGAUCAUCAAAAUAGUGAAGGAGCAUCACGUGACUGGGAAAAACAACCCUUUCCAAAGGUCCCUGAUCUUCCCCUCCACGAAACCUCAGAGAGACAUGCAUCAACUAACAAGGGCCUUGCGGGAGACAAUCCACGCCAUCAGCUUCUGGCCUUCAAAGCUACCUGCCCUGUCCCGAAUGGCAGCUGGACCAUAACCAAAACAAAUGCUGAGGUCCCCCCAUUUCAGAAGAGAACCAAGCAUAGCCAGAAGGUCCAGAGGAGAGGCUUGCAGGGAUGCCAGCCGCGGAGACAACAGGAGAGGACGAAGAAGGCAGCCCCGGUUAAUAGGCUGAAAGCUCAGAGGCCCGAGGAAUGCUUAAAGCACAUCGUCGUGGGGCUGGAUCCAGUGCUUUUGCAGACGGAAGGGGGAGGCCAGCUCCUCGGAGCCCUGCAGUCCAUGGAGUGCCGCUGUAUGAUCGAGGCGCAGGCCGUGCCCUGCAGCAUCACCUGGAGGAGAAGGGCUGCACCAGCUGAGGAUGGACAGGAAGACUGGGUGGAGGAACCGAUGGUCCUGGCGCUGCUCCCGGCAGAGGCGUUCGUGUCCAUGGUCCAGAACUUCAAGGAGGGAAGUGCGGGCGGCACUGAGAAGGGGAAGGAGACGCUGCGGAGCUUUGUGACUGAUGCCACAGCAAGGGCAGCUGGGAAAGCUCUGUCGCUGGUGAUUGUGGAUCAGGGGCAAUGCUUCAGCCUGGAGCUGCUGCUGUCUGAUUUCCUCCCCAGUUACAGUGCUCCAAACCCUCCAAGAAGAAGGAAGCAGGGAGUGGCAGAUAGGGAACAGGCCAAGGAGAAGAAGCAGAGACGACCAGCGGCCAACACAGGGUGCAUGGUGUCCAGGGUAGACGUGGAAGAGGCCUUGGUGGAUAUGCAGCUGUACACACAAGCCCAGGCCCGAAUGGUGCAGAGCUGGAAAGAGCUGGCUGACUUCGCAUGCGCGUUUACGAAGGCUGUGGCUGAGGCGCCCUUCAAGAAGCUUCGAGACCAAACUAGUUUCUCCUUCUGCCUGGAGAGUGACUGGGCUGGAGGGGCAAAGGUGGACCACACGGGCAGGGGACUUGCACUGGUCUGGAGGAGACAGAUUCAGCAGCUGAACCGAGUCAGCCUGGAAAUGGCCAGCGCCAUUGUGGACACAUAUCCCUCCCCCCAGCUUCUGGUCCAGGCUUACAGGCGGUGUCUCUCGGAGCAAGAACGCCAGAAUUUGCUCGCAGACAUACAGGUGCGCCGUGGGGAAGGCGUGACCGCCACCUCCCGCCGUGUUGGACCAGAGCUCUCCAGGCGCAUCUACCUUCAGAUGACUGGUCUGCAGCCAGAUCUCUCUUUAGACAGUGCAGACUGA